AUGGAAGUGAGUUACGAAAACGAAGGAUAUGACAAUGAUUACCAGUCUAAAUCUAAAGGAAGUAUUUUGACUAGAAAAAACAACACUAUGCCAGUAUGGGGCAAUGAACGUACAAUGAAUUUAAAUACCCUAAUUUUAACUAAUAUUCAAUCAUCUCAUUAUUUUAAAGUAAAUUUAUAUGAAUUGAAAACGUACCAUGAAGUUAUUGAUGAAAUUUAUUAUAAAGUACAACAUCUUGAGCCAUGGGAAAAGGGUAGUCGUAAGACCUCUGGACAGACUGGAAUGUGUGGCGGUGUCAGAGGAGUUGGUGCCGGUGGAAUAGUAUCCACAGCGUUCUGUCUUCUGUAUAAACUGUUCACAUUGAAAUUGACUCGCAAGCAGGUAACUGGGCUAAUUACCCAUUGCGAUUCACCUUAUAUACGUGCUUUGGGUUUUAUGUACAUCAGGUAUACUCAACCCCCUGGUGAUUUAUGGGAUUGGUAUGAAUCUUUCUUAGACGACGAAGAGGAAAUGGACGUAAGAGCUGGAGGUGGUCAAACAAUGACAAUUGGCAAUAUAUUAAAGAGCUUUUUGUUCAAAUUAGAAUGGUAUUCAACACUGUUCCCUAGAAUCCCUGUUCCCAUUCAGCAACAAAUGGAAAAAAAAAUGAGUGAAAAGUAUCCUCCUGUAGUUGAAGAAACACCAAGAAGAACUAAUAUACCUGAAAAGAAUUUCAGUAGGGAUCGAGAUGACCAUAGAAAUAGAGGAGACUUAUCUGACACUGCAAGGCCUCGAGAACGAAUUGAACGUAGAGAAAGAUCACAUAGAGAUUAUCGCGAUAGAGAUUAUGAACGCAAGCCUACUAAUGCAAACUCUCGAGAAAGAUCACCUUAUGUAAGUCGAAGAGAUGAAUAUAAGAAAAGUUCUUCUAGAAGCCCAAAAUACGGUAGCAGUAAAAGAAGAGAUCGAGAUGAUUACAAGUCAAGAUCAAAAUACUGA